AGGAGGAGGAGCGGGAAGAGGAAAGAGGAAGAGGAGGAGGAGGAGGAGUGUGGAUAGUGGAUACCUCGAUCGAGCUGAGCUGCCGCGUUUCACUCGAGCUCCAAGUAGUUUGACGAAGUUUCAGUGAAGAAGUCGUGGAUUAGCCGGAACAGUGAUGGAGCUGCGUGUGGCCCGGUUGUGCUUCGUCCUGCUGAGUCUGUCCGCAGGUUUGAUCUCGGGUCUAGACAUCACGUCGACACAGUCCACGCCCAUAGAGAAGGCCAGUGGUCAGACUGUGAAGCUUGACUGUCAGUUUACUCUGGCCCCUGAAGACUCUGGACCACUGGAUAUUGAAUGGAGCUUAGUGUCUUCCGACAACCAGAAAGAGGACAAAGUGGUUAUCCUGUACUCAGGCGACAGGUCCUACGAGGACUACUUUCCACCCAUGAAAGGCAGAGUCCACUUCAACUCAGCCGACCCCAAAAACGGUGACGCCUCCAUCAACCUGACGGGGCUGAAAUCAACAGACUCGGGCACCUACCAGUGUAAGGUGAAGAAGGCUCCUGGUAUCCGCAGCAGGAAAAUGUUGCUGACCGUCAUGGUAAAGCCGUCCAAGCCCAGGUGCUACUGCGAAGGCCCCACACAGGAAGGCAAAGACAUUACGCUGAGGUGCAAAUCCAGCGAGGGCACCAACCCCCUGCAAUACAGCUGGGAAAAGAUCAGUGAUGGCAAGCUGCUGCCUGCUGCCUCUGUGCUGGACCCUGUGGGAGGUACCAUUAAUGUGAGGAACGCAUCUGCCAGCGCAUCAGGCACCUACCGCUGCACUGCCACCAAUCCUGUUGGCACCGAGGAAUGUAUACUACAUCUCAAUAUAACACCUCCCCCCAACACCGCAGGCAUCAUUGCAGGAGCCAUAAUUGCUGUACUCCUGAUCCUCAUCAUUAUUGCCAUCAUCCUCUUCUGCUGUUGCCGUGCUCGUCACAGGAAGAAGUACGAGAAGGAGAUCUGCAACGAGAUAAGAGAGGACGUGCCUCCUCCUAAGAGCCGUGUUUCAACAGCACGCAGCUUCACCGUGGGCAGCCAGCGCUCCUCCCUGGGCUCCAUGUCGCCUUCCAACCUGCACGAGUACGCCCUGAAGCCCCAGUACGACAAGAUUCCCUCAUCAGAAGAGUUCGACAGGCCACCGAGCCAGGUCCCUCUGCCCCCACCCACCGGUGCCAAGAUGGCCGGCCCCAACCUCAGUCGCAUGGGAGGCAUUGCUGUCAUGAUCCCUGCCCAGAACAGGGACGGCUCAAUUGUCUAGCAUGUCCUCUUCAGAUGAAGGGGCCGUGUAACAAGGGGAGGGAACAGAGGAUCGUAGUAGGACACAAGACAAUGAAGAUGGAGCAAGAGCUGGGAUGGGCUGACUCGCCUGACUUGUAGCUCUUCAUUAACACACAUGGGAGUAUACUCCUCGUAUGAAGACCUGGCUCUGCUGUGGUGCUGAGAAGAGAAAUGGAGUUGUACUGGAAUCACGACAGAGCACAUUUACUUUUUAUCAAAUAUAAAUACAAAAAAAAAAAUCAGAAAUUUACUUCCUGGGCUUUCUCAAAGAAAAAAAUAAUUAGUGUGGGUAUAAAGCUGAAUGGUCAAUAUACAAAUUAUAUUGUACAUAAGUGAAUGCAUGUCUUUUUUUAUAUAUAUAUAUAGAUGGCCCUUUCUGUAGAAUUCAGAUACAGGCCCCUAAUUGGCCAGCUGUACAGCUGUAUGCAUGCAAGUAUGUGUAAAAUUGCAGCAGUAUGUGUGCGUGAAAAUAAGUUUAUGUAUGUGAAUGGGAGUUAGGGAAAUAUAUAACUCAUUUAUUGUUUUAAAAAUGCCUACAUAACAGUAUAAUUUGUCAGGUGACCCAGUCUUUACUAGUUUUUAAUUCCAUACAUUAAUGUAAAUUGAGAUGGACCAGCACUUGGAAAAAUUCGAAGACCAAUUUGAAAAAAAUUCACUCAUUUGAAUUAAUCUUCCUUCUGAUUUGAAAACAGUCUAUGUAGGUCAGCCGUUUCCUCUUGAAGCGUUUGAACUGUUUGAAUCGUCCAGUCAGGGUUUAGUUGGGGGGGUUACACGGACAAGAUUGGCUGAUGGGGAAGAGGGGGUUGAAGCCACCACAUCUUGUGAUUGGCUGGAUUAUUGCUCCUUGACAAGCUUAAAAAACAAUAAAAGACCAGUGUCCAGCCCUCCCCCAGAGAUCUUAGAGGAGGUGGUGCAUAUGGAAGUAACAGGGGCAGCUGCACAACAAGGUUCACUGAGCAAUCUGCUUUAAUCGUGUUUGACUGUCAAUAGGCCCCUAACCUCAACGACCACCAAAACACAAAAAUAGAAAGACAGGCAGACGCACACACCUUAUUAGCUGGACAAGAGCACCAGCUCUUUGAUUUAUCAUAUGUAGUAGCAGUCACCCCCCUCCGAGGUGCUGCAUAUGUAAUGCUCCUUUUUUUUUUUUUUUGCAGUGGCAGUACAAGGAGACGAUAUCUUGAUUUAACCUUCUCUCUGUGGUCAAUAUGAAGCCUGUCAUUGCUCCUGUAGUGCUAAUUGGCAUUUUCAUGAAGGAUGUAAAGUAAGAAAGUUCCCACAAAGAGGAACAAAUGUGAUAAGGCUCAGAAAGCUGAGUACUGUUUCUCUGUGUGGACUCGUUUUGUAGUCUGUCAGAGCUGGAUAAUGUUCAUUCAGGCGGCCAGUGUAAGUAGCCAUAGGCCAGUUCAUGCAAGUUCUUGCUGUUUGGAAAAACGUUUAGAAAUCCAACAUCUCAUCCUGUCUGCUACUUAAAAAAAAGCACUAAGAAUACCUGGAAUGGGCAAAUUUUCUUUUUGCUUCGACGCCUUAUUAUAUUCCUUAUUUUUGCCUUACACACCUCCCAUCAGCUCACCUCUGCACAGCCUCACAGCUGGAUUCUACUGACUUCAAUUGUGCCUUGUUGUCCCCAGUUGAGUUUGGCCGUAGCACAUCAGUGUGCACUGUGUUAUGUGCAGUAGCAUCAUCCUGAAUCGACGACGUAGCCCACAGCCACUAGAAGAACAUCGAUCAGUGAGCCUAUUGGGUCCUGUUGCCUCAUUCAGGUCAAGUCUAGGAUUUCCCCACACCUGCUCAACUCCUGCAAAUUCACCCACAACCCCAAAAUACUUGUUGUAAAAGCUUUUAUUUUAUAUUCAAAACAUGACUUCAUGUUCCUUUUUUAAACUUUAUUUUAACUUCUGUAAUUGAUAUACUUUUUAAAAAAUAACAUAAAUGCUUCUGGCUGUAUGUAUAAAUUUCCUGUCGAAGUAACCCUAUCUAAUCGCAACACAGUCCAAUGAUACACAGAUGAUGUUUGUAUGUAUAUGUGAUGCUCUGCCGUGCUGAAACAGAAGAGGAGGGGCUUGUCAGUACAAUGUAGAUGCUCCCUGGUGUGAUUGGGAAUUUCUGGCAGCGCGUGUGUGUGUGUGUGUGUGAGAGAGAGAGAGAGCGAGCGAGAGAGUGAGUGAGUGAGUGAGAGUUUGUGGAUUCUAGCAUCAUUGGGGACAUGACUGUUUAUAGAAACAGAUUUGGCAGGUUUUAUGUUUAACCAGUUUUCUGUCACCAAGGAAAGUGAGACCUGAGCCUGCUUAGAGUAAUAGAUUACAUCUCGCGGUUCAAUUUUAAACACUACUGUGUGGGUGUGAUGAGCAAGUGAGUGAGUAGUACGUGAAGGGAGUUUACUGUCAGAAUGGGCCCCUGUAGAUUUCUAGUGAGACUUUCACCUGCUGACAGGCUGUACAGAGCUCUUAGGGAGGUAAUCCAGUUACUGUCACUUUAUGUGCUCAGAACAUUAAUGACAACUACUAAUAACAAAAAUGACUGUAGCGUUUAAAUUUGCGUACUAAUAUUGUAUGAAGAUCUCCUUUGAGGUUUGCACACGGUGUGAAAACCAUUUUUUUCUUUCUGUGUGUUUUUUUUGUGCUGUAUUUUUGAAUAAUAAAAGUUCAUGAAAAAAAAAGAA